AUGAUACAUUACAUCCUGCCUCUUGGCAUAGCCUGUCAAGGAACUACUAUAGCAUCAAGAAGCUCUACCAAGGUAGAAGAAUCCUGGCGGGCGAUCUCGUUCUGGGUAGAACUCGUGGUAGAAAUAGCACCAGUAGCAGAACCACACGACACAUUCCGGGACUUCCACAAAGUCCGACUCCUACAGUACAGGCGUCAACAUAGCUCCGCUGGCGACGGGACAAUAUUUUGUUGGCUCAUGGCGUUAUUGAUUUCCGAAGUUGUCUUUCACAUCCGGCGCAACGGCAAGGACAUUAGUUCGGCUUGACAACUUUCUCGUAGUUUAAAGGAUAGAGUGACGCUCUGGCGCAAGUUACAACUAUGAAAAACUCCUGUACGUAAGAUUUUUGUUGGAACCAUUAGAGUUAGGACAAGAGUAGAAAACUCGCCGGAGGUCGUGAUUCGAAAAUACGACUUGCUUUUUGCUGCUUCUCGAUGCAUCGAUCGAUUACCUCCCCCAUGAAGAUUGCUUGUUCCCUGUCACCAGAUGAAAAAAAAGUAAAAGAACGCAAGCG